GUUGAAGGCCAGAGUUCAGAGUUCUGUCAGUGUUCUGCUGUCUUGUACUUCACGUAUCCUUCUCAUCAAAUAUUAUUUGAAUACAGGAAUGCUUUUUUUAUUUUCACAAGUUAAGAUUCCUUUAAAUGUAAAUUGAGAAAUUGAAAAUGCUACUGUAUGAAACCUUCCUUUGAGAGAGAGAAGAAAGAAAACAACAACAUUGUUACUUUCUGCUAGAAAAGACAGGAGAAACUUUGCUGGUGCAUUUAGUUUUUGUAACGCCUAAAAAGGAAAAUAAUACACGUUGUAAACUAUCAAACAAGGAGAAUGAGUACCAAACUGAAACGCAAGAGAAAGAGCAGGGAAGAAAGUAAUAAAGAAAUGUCUACCAAUUUAAAGUACCUUUCUUUGGGCAUCCUGGUUUUUCAGACCACAAGUUUAGUGUUGACAAUGCGUUACUCUCGGACACUGAAAGAAGAAGGACCUCGUUACUUGUCCUCUACUGCAGUAGUUCUUGCUGAACUUCUGAAGAUUCUGUCCUGUGUUCUACUGGUCUACAAAGACAGCAAGUGCAAUUUACGGACCCUGAACAGAGUGCUACAUGAUGAAAUUCUUAAUAAGCCCAUGGAAACUCUUAAACUUGCCAUUCCUUCAGGAAUUUACACUCUUCAGAAUAAUUUGCUCUACGUAGCAUUGUCAAACCUAGAUGCAGCCACAUACCAGGUUACAUAUCAACUGAAAAUUCUUACCACAGCACUAUUUUCUGUGUCCAUGUUAAGCAAGAAAUUGGGUAUAUACCAGUGGCUGUCGUUGGUAAUUUUAAUGACAGGAGUGGCAUUUGUGCAGUGGCCUUCAGACUCUCAAGCAACAGCUGCUAAGGAGCAUUCAGCAGGAUCUCAGUUUGUAGGCCUGAUGGCAGUUCUUAUAGCUUGCUUUUCUAGUGGAUUUGCAGGCGUUUAUUUUGAGAAAAUUUUAAAGGAAACAAAGCAGUCUGUGUGGAUAAGAAACAUUCAGCUUGGAUUCUUUGGCAGCAUUUUUGGACUGAUGGGUGUAUAUAUAUAUGAUGGAGAGCAGCUGUCCAAAAAUGGAUUUUUUCAAGGAUAUAAUAAACUCACUUGGAUAGUUGUUGUUCUACAGGCACUUGGAGGCCUGGUGAUUGCUGCUGUUAUAAAAUAUGCAGACAACAUUUUAAAGGGAUUUGCAACUUCUCUCUCUAUUAUACUUUCAACAUUGAUCUCCUAUUUCUGGCUUCAGGAUUUUGUCCCUACGAGUGUCUUUUUCUUCGGAGCCAUCCUUGUAAUAGCAGCUACUUUCCUAUAUGGUUAUGAUCCCAAACCUGCAGGAAAUCCCAUUAAGGCAUAGCUGACAACUUCAACCUGCUUCUCAAGAUCAUACACUGGGGGCCUUGCUAAAAAUGGCAUGUGGAAGGUGCCAUUCUGCACUGCAAGGGAAGGAUUACUACCCUGAAUCGAGUGAAGAAAUUUUUAUGAGUAGUUUUGAACAGCCGAACGGGUUAAAGAUGGAUGAUGAUACUGACUGGGACUAGUGGAAAAAAAUGACAGGGGAAAGCCCAGUGCAACUUGCUAAUAAAAACUUGAAGUGAACAAAAAGUUUCCAAGAAACUGCAAUUGGGAAUGUUUACAGCUUUGACCUGGGAUUGCAUCAAAAGAAUUUACUGUAUUGACUGCUGCACUCUGUCCUAUGCACUCUUUGAAAGAGCACAUGACAACAUUGUCAGAUUGUACAUUUUUGCAAUUUGACUAUAUUUAAUGUUAGUACAUGUUUUUAACUGUUUGUCUAUUUACAUGAAGUCAACUGAAUGCACAUCAUAGUUCUAAAAUGAUGGUUCUAAUUAGGUAUUCCUUAUUAAAACUAUGAAAAUUGAA